CCAGGGCAUGCAUACAUAUUUUGUCCACCCGCCUUUUAGACAUAAAUCUCGAAACCCACAAAACAACAUUCUAUACCCCGUGCUUCUCGUAAUUUUUAGUCCAACUUGCACUGUUUCGAUUUCUAUUUUCCUAAAGGACCAAUUCAGGUACAAAUCAGGCGAUAAGAUAAGGCCACCCAAGGUGGAGAAAAAGAAAUCAAUAAAACCCAAAAACCACCAAAAUGACCGACGCAAACACAAUCCAGACCCUCGACACCCGCAUGAGCGAGCUCCUGGCAGCCAUCGAAUCUCACCCGAUGAUGACAGGCAGCCCACCCCACCCAACAGGCUUCUAUAUCCAUGACUUCAUCCGCAACACUCACACCAAGCUGAGGAGCAUUGACGCCCAGAAACUCCAAGCGGCAGACCCUGCCACCGUCAAAGAGUUCCAGGAUAUCCGGGGCCGCAACGUGCUCGCUGAGCAACUGAUCGAGGGCAGCGGGCCGAUGGCACAGAUGAUGCUCAUGAUGGGGGGAGGUCCGCUUGACUUUGGUGAUGCGAUUAAGCAGAAGGCUCAGGCAGUUAAUGCUGUUUAAAACUUGUAUAUGUAUUGGUUCUGGGAUCAUGGUAUGUGUGUAUGAGAUAGGAAUAGGUUUGGUAUAAAAAACUAGGAUUUUGGCUUGGUUAUGGAUGUGACUGUCUAGCCAUGAUUGACUCCGUUUCGGCGUUAAUAGUGUGGGUGUGCAAAGAAGGGUUUAGAAGUUUUGAAUAUGCCUUUUGGCUACGUAAGAGACGCUUUAUCUUUUUGUA